AGAAAAAGCUCAGUAAUUAGCAGCAAUGGCGAAAUUCAUUUUCAUAGCAGUUUUCAUGGUGGUGUUAAUUGCAAAUUUUGCGAGUAGUGAAGUAGCUGCAAGUAGUGUUGUUGUUGUUGGGUCUAGUAACCCUAAGGAGGAAGGCAAUAAAUUAGCUAUGGUUCAAGAAGAGGAGGAUAUGGAUGGUGGGUUUUCUUCUUUAGAUGGAAUGUUACAAUGGGCUAUAGGGCAUUCGGAUCCUGGAGUACUAAAAGAAAGAUCAGAAGUCGCUCAACGCAUGUCUCCGGAGGAACUAAACAAACGCCAAACUGAAUUGAAGGAACUGAUGGAGAAGCUGAAAAUUCCCUCAGAUGCGCAGUUGAUGCUGAUUGCAGUUAAUGAUUUAAAUAAUUCAUCCCUACCUCUGGAGCAUCAUCUCCGUGCCUUAGAGGAGCUGUUGGUACUUGUUGAGCAUAUUGAUAAUGCAAUUGAUCUGCAGAAACUUGGAGGCUUCAGCAUACUUGUAAGAAUACUUAAUCAUUCUGAACCAGAAAUAAGGAUUGCUGCGGCAUGGGUUCUUGGCAAAGCCAGUCAAAACAACCCCAUUGUUCAGAAGCAGGUCCUGGAACUUGGGGCAUUGACAGUGCUAAUGAAGAUGAUGAAAUCUCACACCACGGAAGAAGCUGUAAAAGCAUUAUUUGCUAUUUCAGCACUAAUAAGAAAUAACAUGAAUGGCCGAAGUUUGUUUUAUCAGGAAGCUGGAGAUACGAUGCUUCAGGAGGUUCUUAGCAAUUCAAAUCUGGAUAUCAGGUUGCAUAAGAAGUCACUGUUUCUUAUUGCUGAUUUAGCCGAGAGUCAGCUGGAAAAUGAGAACACAGCUGAGGUUUCCUUUUUUAGCAAUCGAUUGUUACUGAAGGCCAUCGUUGAUUCAAUGGCAUCAAGCGAUCUUGAUCUAACAGAAAAGGCCCUUUACGCAACUAAAAACUUACUACUACUUAGAUCGACUGAUGUUCAACUCUUCAAGGACUUCUGUAAAUUGAACGAGGUACUUGAGAGGACGAGGCAACAGUUGAAUGAUCUUAGUGAAGAAUACGCAAUGGAUGUGGAGAGUCUUCGAAAAGAAGUUAACCUGACCUUCCUUCAAAAGCUGAAUGAGGUUACACAAUCUGCAUUAUGAUGACAGUCUCUGGCUUGAUCUGGGUUUUGAACGUUAUACUGCUUGCAUUCUACGCGCGGAAGUAACCAAGUGGAUCGCGAUAUCUUCAUCAUCCCACGCCUUUGUUCAUCUGGACGUGGACUCGAAAUUGGUACAUCAUCAUCUGCUUAGGACAACACUAAUGUGAAAUAGACAACAUUAUGAGCUAACGACGACUCGCGCUGAUUUUAUAAGUGCCUCUACUAUUUAAGUUAUAGCCAAUUUUGUCGAAUAUUUAACUUUUAUCAAUCUUGCAAAAUUGAUAGCAAUGUAAUGUAUGUGAUGAGAAAAUCAAUUUUGUGGAAAGACCAAUAUUUUCUGCUUCUACAGAAUUUGUAUCAA